AAAAUUAGCAGAACUGGAAAGAAGAAAGCAAGCAGAGAGCAUUCAACCAUGUCUGCCUCAACACAAAAUAAUCAGUCACAAGUUAAAACAUCUAUUUAAGAACUUCACCUGUUCAAGAACCUUUGUCAAGGGCGGCCUUUCCCUCCCCUGCGGGCUGGAUCUACGGGACGAGGCGGCGGGCGCGGCUUCCAGGUGGGCGGGUGUCAAAGCCACCGUCAAGGCGCUCCAAGCGGAGGAGCGCACGACUCGACGCUGAGUGAGCCGGUGGCAGCCGAGAGAUCCCAACCACGGACCGUCAGACACCGCCGACACCAUGCCUCCUUUGAAGGUCUGCAUCAUCGGAUCCGGCAACUGGGGAUCUGCCAUUGCAAAAAUCGUAGGCCAAAAUACCAAAAGCUCCAACCAGUUUGACCCGGUUGUCAAGAUGUGGGUAUUUGAAGAACUAAUCAAUGGUCGAAAACUCACUGAGAUCAUUAACCAAGAACAUGAAAAUGUGAAAUAUCUCCCAGGGCAUAAAAUACCUCCAAACGUGGUUGCUGUACCAGAAGUAGUAGAAGCAGUAGAGGAAUCUGAUAUUUUAAUAUUUGUCGUACCUCAUCAGUUUAUUCCCAAAAUUUGCGAGCAACUUACUGGUCACGUAAAAGCAGGAGCAAUUGGGAUUUCACUGAUCAAGGGUAUAGACGAAGGCCCUGAAGGACUGAAACUCAUCACGGACAUCAUCCGAGAGAAACUGAAGAUAGAUAUGAGCGUGCUCAUGGGUGCCAACAUUGCCAAUGAAGUGGCAAAUGAAAUGUUCUGUGAAACUACCAUCGGUUCUAAAAAUGCUAAAAAUGGGAAGAUCUUAAAAGAAUUAAUGCAAACACCAAAUUUCAGAAUUACUGUGGUGGAUGACUGUGAUACCGUGGAACUCUGUGGGGCCUUAAAGAACAUUGUGGCUGUUGGAGCUGGUUUCUGUGAUGGGUUGGGCUUUGGGGACAAUACCAAGGCAGCUGUGAUUCGCCUGGGCUUGAUGGAAAUGAUUGCCUUUGCUAAAAUCUUCUGCAAGGGCACAGUCUCGAUAAAUACAUUUUUGGAAAGCUGUGGGGUUGCAGAUCUGAUUACCACAUGCUACGGGGGACGUAACAGGAAGGUGGCUGAAGCAUUUGCACGUGGUGGAAAAACAAUUGAACAGUUGGAAAAAGAAAUGUUGAAUGGACAGAAGCUACAAGGACCUCAAACAUCAGCUGAAGUCUAUAAGAUCCUGAAGCAGAAGAAUUUGGUUGACAAGUUUCCACUAUUCGUAAAUAUCUACCUAAUCUGCUACCAAGGAAAGUCAGUCAAAGAGUUCAUCACUUGCUUGCAAAAGCAUCCGGAACAUAUGUAAAAUCUAAUGCUGCAACCUACCAGUAUAGCCUGUCUCGACUCAAGAUUUGUCAGCCUGACAUGGAGAAUAAAGCCAGCAAGUAAGGUGUCUGUCAACUUGACAAUGGAGAAUUAAAGCAAGCGCGCAACAUGCAAACAAACAAACAAACAAACAAAAAGCCUCUGGUAUUAACUUCAUUGUGGUCUUAAGGGAAAUUACUCUGUAUUCCUUUUGAGUAACCAUCUGCACCGAGUGUGAAGACAAAACGGUAUUACGCAUUUCGGCAUUGACUUCAGGAACCAAUUAUAGAAGACUCUGAAGUGGGAAUGUCAUUUUCAUCACUCAUGUUCUAUACGAAGCUGAAAUUGCAGAAAAGCAACCAUCAAAUUAUAGCUCUUGUGAGAAUUGUUCAGAUUUUUGUGCUGAACACCCAAUAAUUGCAUAAUUUGUAUCAAGAGCCACAUUUCUUAAUUCAGAUUGAGUGAAGUAGAAUUUAAAAUUAGAUGUUUGUGGCCAAAAAAACAACUACAGGUAGCCCUCCGUUACGACCACUUAUUCAGCAACCAUUCAAAAUUGUGUCAGUGGUACUUAUAUAACCAGACCUUGAAGUUCUGGCUAUCCCAUGAUCACAUGAAUGCAAUCUGGGUGCUUGGCAACUGGCUCGCACUUACAAUGGUUGCAGCUUCCCAUGGUCAUGUAUUCACAACCUGUGUCCUUCCCUGCUGGCUUCCUAUAAGCAAAAGCCAAUGGGGAAGCUGGAAAGGAAGGUCAGCAUUUCCUCUGGUAAAUUGUUCCCAAUCCCAUCAUUUUUUCGCCCUCAAGGAUUUGCUAUUUCACAGUGUGUUUGUGUUGGGCCGUAGCAGCUGUCUUCACAACUGAUAGCAACCCAUCCUCUAUCUGAUGGCCAUGCUUGUGCUGCAGCAGUCACUCACCCACCAGCCACUUGUAUAAGUUCUUGAAUUUACUUGUGGGAAACUCAUAAGGAGGUCCUUACAAUUCUCGCUUAAUGAGGGCAAUGGGACUGUUGGGAUUGCUGUUGCUAAGUGAUGCACUCAUGUGACAUUGUGCUUUAGGGACUGCAUUGCUUGGGAAAUUCCAGCCCCAAUUACCUUUGUUAAUUGAGGACUAUCUGUAGUUGGUUAAACUGCAUAUGUGAUGUUGAUCGCUAAACUCACAGUGCCAUAAUACAGUUUGUUGGCUAGUUUAUACUCUUGAAACCAGCUGUGUCUUCCUUGACAAAGCAUGUUUAAGCAAAUAAGUGCUCGUAAUCUAUGACUUCUGCUUGCUACACAACAUAACAAUCUGUUGAUACUACUCUAGUCAUCUCAACUCAUCAAUUUCAUUUCUAUGUGUGUCUUACGGAGCAGUUAUUCUGACAUCUCCGGGUAAUUUCAACUGGACUUAGCGACAAGAGGGGUGCAAAACUGACAAGACAAAGUGUUCUAUUUCUAUUCCUUUUACUUUAUAUUCCAAAAUUUCUAGCCACUGACUAGCUUGUUCUGCGCUUUUUAGCACCAGCCUUAUUAAAACUCAACCUCUUUCCUCUGCCCAUCUUAAACUUUCAGUAUUUAUAUCAGGGGUGUCAAACUCGAUUUCAUUGAGGGCCACAUCAGGGUUUGACCCCAGGAGGCCAUGGUGGGUGUGGCCAGCGGGACGUCACUUGUGUCAGGGGCGACUGUGGCCGCCCAAGCGCUCUGCCAGCGAAAUCCCAAGCUCCGUUUUCGGCUUUGAUAACUUCCUGCAACCCUCUGCCAGCGAAAAUGGAGCUUGGGAGGAAUGCCCACAGCCCUCCCAAGCUUCAUUUUCACUGGCAGAGGCACCACGGGCCAGUCCUUUGCUGUUUCCAGGGCGGCCCUGAGGGCCAGAUCUAAGCACCCGCAGGCUGGAUCUGGCCCCCCGGGCCUUGAGUUUGACACCACUGGAUUUAUAUCAUGCCUUUUUUCUCUUUGUCCACUGUCUUAACUCAAUUUUUUUUUUGUUUCAUACACGUUAACUUUUCCUCUUUAAUAUAACCCCCAAAGACUCUGCCAAAUUCUGCUGAAAAUAUAAACCCGCAAAGGAAAAUAGAUACAUCACACUAAGAGACAACAAGGCUUACAGCAUUUUUAAUUAGGAUAAAUUCCAAUGAGGUUAUUUAAAAUAUUAUUCUGGAUCAUACAAUUUUGAUAUCAGUAUUUUUUUUAAAUAAUGUCAUUUAUCAUUCUACGGUAUUUUUUGAAAGCAGCUGUGAGCAUCUUCCAUACUUGUCGCAGUUUAUAAACAAAUGCGUAAGUAAAUAAGAGAAAACAUUAACACUUUUUAGAAAUAAAUUUCUUUAAUCCACACAACAAUGUUCCCAUGAUGAACAGUAUACUAAAAGAACCUUCCACAAAUUUUAACAUAUGCAAUGGAAAUAUUUUGAACAUCAAAUAAUUAACCAGCUUUUAAAUCAACUCACAAAUAAAUAGAAAAUAAUUCUGUAUUUACAUCAUGUAGCAAAUAUUAAUUUCAAUAAUCUGAAACAAGUUUCAGUUUGAGAAAUGAGAAUUACACAUGUAAAAAUUAACAUUUGUAUUUCAGAGCAUCAAACUACACACACGUACAAAGUGAACUGACACACAGCGUUUUCCAGAAAUUCAGGGAAAUUAAAGAACAUCAAUAAUGUUACAUUUUAUAGACGUGGGGUUCAUAUAAAAGCAAAAUUUCUGAAUUGGUGAAUCACUUCUUUGUUUUCCCAAAGAUAUAAUUACAAUAGCAUGAAAUGCUGAAUUAAGGUUAAAUUUAAGUUUGUUCAAUUGAGUCCUUCCCACCGAAAUGGUACCUAUUUAUCUACUAGCAUUUGCAUGCUUUUGAACUGCUAGGUAGGCAGGAGCUGGGGUAAGUAAUGGGAGCUCACCCUAUCACAUAGCAUUCGGGUCUGGAACCCGGGCUGCCAGCUUUCCAGUUGACAAGCUCAGUGUCUUUAACUGCUAAGAACAUCAAAUAAUAAAAUAUCCAGCAUAAUUAUUAGUUUUAAAAUCCUAAGUAGGCUGAAAGACUUGGUGUGCUUGAAGCCAAAGUAGGCAAUUAUUAUUAAAAAGUUUACUUCUGUGUAGGAAGCCAUUACUCUGACAAGAUAUUCAAUUUAUAUAAACUAAUUCCUUCUCUUUUUUUUUCCUAAAAAAAAAAAAAAAGCAGCCAUCUCUUAUGCCUUUUAGACACAGCAUUGGUUUCCAAAUGAUCUCAUAACUGGUGACACUCUAUGGCAGGGUUUGGAAAAUUGUAUUUCAUGACUUUCAAGCAUUCUGUGACCGACCUGAAGGGGUUCCAUGAGAAACCAAGGAGGGGGAAAAAUUCACGUUCACUUUUUGAGCAAAAUUUACGGAUAUUUUAAAAAAACAACACUACAGGUAGUCUUUGACUUACAACUGUUUGUUAAAGAUAGUUCAAACUUACAUCGGCCAGGGAAAAAGUGCUUUAUAACUUCUAUUUGCCCUUACGACCGUCAUGCCAUCCUUGCAGUCACGUGAUUGCAGUUCAGGUGCUUGAAAAUCAGCUCACAUUUAUGAAUGCAGUAUCUUGCGGUCACAUGAUUGCAAUUCGUAACUUUUUUUGCUGGUUUCCAGCAAAAAAAGCAUGCACUGGAAAAGCCAGAUUCCCUGAGUGAUUUGUUUAAUGCCUAUGGUAAAAAUGUUCAUAAAUUUGGAUCCAGUCACGUGACUCAAUUUAUGACUGCCGCGACUUACAAUGGAAAUUCCAGUCCCAACUGUGUCAUAAAUUGAGGACUACCUGUAACAGAUCAUGUAGCUGAAAAUGUUUGAAAACUCUUGUAUUUAAAAAAGACUGCUUAAAAGCAGGUCUGUUAUCUGAGAUAGUGUCAACACUUAUUUUCUGCACUGAUUAAAGACUGUAUGAAGGCUCA